UCAGGCUUCCCCAACGGGUGGACCAAUUGACCACGUCACAGGCCCAUUUGGCGGCGUUUCGGGGAGAACUCAAUACAACCCAUUUACCCCAUUCGGACGCUACAGCAAGCACAAGCCGACGAGCCGCAAGCUGCCUCGGGGCGCCGCCGCCGCUCGCCAAACUCCCCCAAAGCCUCCAUGCCGAAGACGCCGACCAGGCCGACCGCGUGACCCUCCCGAGCCCGUCGCAGGAGGGGAGCCCAGACCAGACCAGAUCCAACCACCCACCAUGUCCACAAUAGCAACGCCGCGGGAGAUCCCCCGCCGGGUGCACUCGACCCAGACGCCCACCUCGUCGUCCCGCCCCUCGCUCGACGACCCGCGAUCCCAGACCUCGUCGCCGAGCGGCGGCAACGCCGCCGCCGCGGGGCCGACGUCGGCCCCGGGUAGCGCGCAGCAGGCCGCCCCGGGCGCCGCGCGGCGCAACCGCGCUGCGCUGCGCGAGUACUACAACCUGAAAAAGGCGGCGGCGGUAGCAACAGCAACAGCAGCAGCGCCGACGCUCGAGGUGACGGACGACUCGGCCGACGGCGCCGACGGCGGCGGGGGCCUGGCGGCGGGCGGCUACUCCGAGGUGGCGCCGUCCGAGAUGGACGCGCCGGGCUUCGACGCGGCCGCCUUCGUGGCGCGCGCCGCCGCCGAGAGCUCGCUCGCCGACCUGCUGCGCACCUACACGCGCGUGCUGUCCGAGGCCCGGGCGCUGGACGCCGAGAAAAAGGCGCUUGUGUACGACAACUAUAGCAAGCUGAUCACGGCGACCGAGACGAUACGCAAGAUGAGGGCAAACAUGGACCCGCUCAACCCCAUGGCCUCGACGCUCGACCCGGCCAUCGCGCACAUCUACAACCAGGCCUCGUUGAUACGGGAGGAGAUGCGGCGUGAGGUGCAGCCGCCCGAGGAGCGCGGCGACCGGGCGGCCGAGCGGGCGCGCAGGGAGCGGACGCGCGAGGUGGCGCGGCUAGUGCUGGCGGCGCCCGCGCGCGUGCGCGAGCUCGUCAGCGACGACAAGCUCGACGAAGCGCAGAGGGAGUGGGCGCUGCCGAGGCGGCUGCUGCUGUCGUGGAAGGAGCGCGGCGUCGGCGGGCCCGACGUGGACACUUGCCUAGAGGCGGGCGACGCCGCGAUACGGAGCGGGGUGGACGCACAAAAUAAGGAGCAGAAGGAGGAUGAGGAGGAGGAGAGUGAAGACGAGGGCGGCCAAGGGAGUGAGAGCGACGGCGACUAGGGCCGGGAAGACCUUACGGAUUGGACUGCUUUUGAGACUAGGAGGAACAAGCAUUUAUACCCCAAUUGAAGACGAAGCUAGCGAUAACUCGACCCGAGGUUCGCUGUGAUGGCCCAGUCCCCAGAAAGGCUACGCAGGCUUGUCGACCUCCCAACAUCUACCAGCUGCCUCGAAAGCACACACACCCCACUCACACAAGAGUUUCCACAUCCCAAAUCUCGAAAGGAUCGGCAUCCACCUCGCUCACAGCCACCUCGGCCGGCGGGCCCGCGUACAGCCCGCCCAGAGCCUCGGCCAGCUUCCCGCGCAUCACCUCGCGCAGGAAGGCGCGCUCCGAGUUGCUGUGGAAGACGGUGACGACGUACCUGCCGAGCAUGGUGAGGCGCAGCGCGGCGUGGUGGCUCAUCUCGCCCGUGACGACCACGUCCGCGUCGGCCCCAUGCAGCACGUCGGCGCCCGAGCCGGCGCAGACGGCGACCGAGGCCACCCUAACGGCGGCCAGGCGGGCGGCGCGCUCGGUCGGGGACUCGUAGCGAUGGGAUGCGGGGCGGGGCGCGGCGACGGACACGUAGCGCUGGCCGCCCAGGCGGGCGGCGGCGGCGCGCACGAG